AUUGUAAACUAAUAGCAGUAGUUAGUAAGUAGUAGUCUUAGCUCCCUUUGUUAUUGUCAUUGUUGUGUUUUAACUGGUAAGCAAGCAUUCAACUUAUUCACAUUACACACUAUCCAUUUGUAACUUGUAUAUGCCGUCUAUAUAUAUAAUAUUAUUUUUACGAUGCAAUACGCAAUGCCAAUAAUCGAUUUCUGAUUGACAAUAAUAUUAACUUCUUAUUUUUUUUUUUCUUAUUUUUCCAGAUCUUCUUCUUCUUCUUAAAUCAUGAAUAAAACAAAAGAUAAGAAUAAACCGAAAGGUCCAAUGUCUGCAUAUGCUUGUUUUGUUCAAGUGAUUCGUGAAGAACACAAAAAGAAACAUCCUGGUGAACAAAUUGUAUUUAGUGAUUUUUCUAAAAAAUGCGCUGAACGAUGGAAGUUAAUGACACCAAAAGAAAAGAAACGUUUUGAAGAUUUAGCUGUAUUAGAUAGAGAACGAUUCAAUCGUGAAAUGUGUGAUUAUGUUCCACCGGAUGGUAUGAAAAAAGGCAAAAAACGUAAAGGUCCUAAAGAUCCAAUGGUACCAGCAAGAGCAUGGUCAGCAUUUUUUUUCUUUUGUGAUGAAUUUCGUGCAAAAGUUCGAGAAAAUAAUCCCGAUUGGAAAGUUGCUGAUAUUGCUAAAGAACUUGGACGUCAAUGGGAAACAUGUCAAGAUAAAGCUAAAUAUGAAUUAUUAGCCCAAAAAGAUAAACAACGUUAUGAAGAGGAUAUGAUAAAAUAUCGUGCAGGAACUUAUGUUCCAAGAGAAAAGAAACUUGCUGGUGCUGUCUCCAAUUCUACAACACUCAGGACGUCGGAUACACAGAAUCCAGAUUGUACAACUGUCACAAGUGGUGGCGUAGGUGGUGGUGCUGGUGCUGGUGGAGGAGGAGAUGAGAAUGGUGCAGAAUUAGAAGAUGAAGAUGAUGGUGAACCAGAUGAAGGUGAAGAAGAGUGAACAUGCCAGAUACGUGAGAUAUACAAUCCAAUCAGAUUAGAAGAUGUUGUUGUUUUUUGGGAGGGGAGUUGUUUCUGUUUUUGGGUUUUUUCUAUGACCGAUACUAUUAUUAUUAUUAUGACUAUUAUUGAUAUAACUCAGUUGUACAGGUUUAUUGCAUUUAUAUAUAUAUAUAUACAAUGUGUUCUAAUCUCUCUCUUGUUUCUCACUCUCUCUCAAUCUAUCUAUCUUUCCUGUGCUUCUUACAAUUUCCGAAUCUUCUUAUCGAACAUAAACAACACAAUUUUGUAUACAUUCUAUUUGGUUUUAUUGUCUAUUUUUGUAUCAUUCAUCGCAUUGAAUGUACAACACAUCAUUCUUAACAUAUUUGAAGUUGUUUAUUAAAUUGUGUGAUUUAAGAUUUUUGACAUAUAUAUAUGUAUACAAACGUAUAUAUUAAUUAUUGUUCAUUAAAAUGACUGUUAUCGUAUUGUAUUGUAAUUUCUAUUAAUAGUACAGUUAUAUUAUUUAUUU